CGCGCGUCUCUCGCGAUCGUCGGACCGCGCGUACGUAAAACGGGGUGAUUCUCGUCAUCGUCGCGCGUGGAUGUUCUCGCAAGCCGGUCGGGAGGACUCUCGCGUGACCUAGUGCGUGACCGCGAAUAAGCUCGACGUUCCUCCGAAGAAGGCCGCGACGAAGCGUCCGAAGCCGGGAUGCUUCGAAUCGUUCGACGAUCGGAUAUUCAACGAUCGAUUCUCGCGAUCUCGAGAUUCUUCGAAGAGCGACGGUGAUCGCGACGUGCGCAAAACUUGGCGAGAGUUUUUGUCUUACGGAUGAAUGAUGUUGUGUCUCGGUUGAAAGGAGACUUCAGUCUCGAAAAAAUCGUGUUCCGAUCUCGCAAGUCGGACUGCUCGAGUUUUGUGAUUUUCCGAAACAAGAGUAUCGAUCGAUCGAUAUACGUUGUAAAUCUCAACGAUAGAGAUUCUGUCAUUGGACAAGCGCAGAUUCUUGAAUACAUCUUUUUUAAGAACGCUUUGACACAAAUAUAUCGAUAAGGCGACUAAGAUGACGUAGAUUUUUAUACUCAUAGCAAUAAGGAAUGAACGAGCGAUAUAAAAAUCGGGAAAAGCGCGAUAAGAUUCAUCGCCCGAGCAUGCGACAAGGAUCGAGGUAACUUUAUAUGAGCAAAGUGCAGGGAUAUUGGAGCACGUCGAGGAUUAAAGGAGACGCAUUGGAAUGUUAAGAGCAUCGUCGGGCGGUCCUCAAUCGACUCGAGCGAGUGAGAGAAGCGUCUCGUCUUUUCAACGUGAGAAUCGUCGAUGGCAAUCAUGCUGUGCAGGACGAGACUCGUGAGGUGUGUCGACACCUUCUACGUCGCAUAGACGCGCAUUGUGCCCGCACGGAAGAUGAUGGUCAUCUAAGAAUCCUCUCCGACGUGCGACGAGUCUUUGAGGAUGUGCAGUUCGGUGUUAAAGUGUCGGUGAGAGCGGAGAAAUCUCGCGUAUAUCUAUGAUUUCUUCCUUUUCUUUCCUUUAUUGCGCUUUAUCUUACGGGAAAUCCGCACGAACGAUGUCAUAGCCGUCCAAGUGCGAACUCUCUUCACGUCGGACACGAUGGCAUUGUUGUUCGCCAUAAUCGUUAUUUCGAUCACCACUGCCAUGUCGCUACCGCCGGUCAUUAGAAUCGGAGCGAUUUUUACCGAGGAUCAAAAGGAUAGCCCAUCAGAGUUGGCGUUCAAGUACGCCAUUUACAAGAUCAACAAGGAUAAGACUCUCCUGGCAAAUACGACAUUGGUUUACGAUAUACAAUAUGUGCCUAAAGACGACUCGUUCCGCACGUCCAAGAAAGCCUGCAAGCAACUAUCCAGGUCGGUACAAGGUAUCUUCGGGCCGUCCGACCCACUUUUAGGCGCUCACAUACAAAGCAUAUGUGAGGCAUUGGACGUUCCUCAUCUCGAAGCGCGGGUCGAUUUCGAGCCCACUUUUAAGGAGUUCAGCAUUAACCUAUAUCCCGCUCCAGAUCAUCUUAACAAAGCGUUCAAGGAUCUCAUGUCCUUCCUAAACUGGACCAGAGUGGCCAUUAUCUAUGAAGAGGAUUACGGACUGUUCAAACUGCAAGAUCUCGUGAAAUCUCCGCCGUCCGUGAGAACUGAAAUGUAUAUUCGUCAAGCGGGUCCUAGAUCCUACCGGCAAGUCCUGCGGGAGGUCAGACACAAAGAGAUCUUCAAGCUGAUCAUCGACACGGAUCCGGCGCACAUGCAGCAAUUUUUUCGAGCAGUGAGUCCUAAACGAUUUGAUAUUUAACAUCGUACCACACGAGAACUGAGCAUUUAAAAUCUUUACUUCAAAAAAUGUUAUCUUUCACGAGCCAGAAAAAAAAGAUUUCUCUAUAGUCUCCAUCUUUUACUUUCCACACAUAUUGAUCAUGUUCUUUUUCCAUCAUGUUAAAAAUACUGUUAUACUUCGAAAAGCAGAGCAAGGAUGAAAUACA